GUAGAAUAUCUAUAUGGCGGCUCAGGCAGUUUGCUUUGGCGAUUUGCAUCCGGGCCGGAUCGUAAUAUUCUAAAAAUUCGUAACCACCUCCCCGCACACAACCGCUCUUUGCGUUCUCUAUAGAUCUCACCUCUACCCAGCAAUGCCCAGGGCGGAAACUUUCAGCGAGCUAAGUCUCGGGAUUAGAGCAUGUCAAGUUGGGUUGGCAUGCUCUACCAUGCUUGCGGUUAUCCUGUACCUUCACGAUCUGGUGAAGACUGACGACCUGUUUGCAGAGCCCGCGCUGCUGCAGUCUAGCGGGAUAACUAUCUGCAGCUGGUUCAUUCUUGCUCUUUCAUCUGCAGGAUUAGUAACCAGUGUAUUGUUUGGAAUCGCUCCUGUGUCUGGGAUGCUUGAUAGCUGCUUCAAGACCGGCCGUGUCAUUGUGUCUGUUGAUUUGGCGUUCAUAGUUUUAUGGGGAUUCACUAUGCCGGUUUUGUUAAUAGUCUAUCCGAAUGAUGAACAGAUGGGAAAAGCGUAUAAGAUUCUAUCGAUGUGUUGUGGAGGAAAUCUGUUUCUAUGGGCGCUCUCUGCUGGACUCGAUUGCUUGUUUACGGACGAUGAGACGGUCAAUAACGAAAACACUUCCUCUGCUGCUGUGAAAAUGAAUGAACCAGGAGAGAUUCGGGAGAAGUGGGAGUAUAUGCAUGUGGAGGCACCCGAGCCAGCACUCCAUCGGGCCGCUGUGGACCUGGUCUGAGAUACCAUACAUCAAAUAACUGUUCUGUGAAAAAUACCUGUCUUAUCCAUGAAUUUAAUGAGCUGUCAGCUGCCGAUUUCUCUUGCGUUGCAGAUUUUGCAAAGUCGGUGGAUACCGCGCAGUAGUUA